AUGGGUCGAAAGCUUUCAAGUUUAGCACUUUUUGGUACUAUUCUCGCCGGUUUAUUCGGAUAUUUAUAUUAUGUACCAAACAGUGAAGGUGUUGAACAAAUGGAUCGUAUUCGUUUGCUUAGUGCCGCAAUGAAACUAAUCGGUUUUGUCGGCAAAGUAUCCGAAACGUUUGGUUUUCCACCUGCUUGGUAUAUUCAACGAAAUAGUGGUUUGAUUUUGAAGAAACUAAAACCGGCAGAAAUCAUUACGGAUAUAGAAAUUCGGGAUACAACUAUUGAAGGAGUACCUGUACGAAUUUAUUCUCCAAUUAAUUUCAAAAAUGAGAAAACAAAAUUUUUGCCAGCGGUUAUCUUCUAUCACGGAGGAGCAUUUUAUAUGGGUUCAGUUGAUACACAUCAUCCAAUAACACGAGAUUUAGCUCGACAAACUGGUUUUAUCAUUAUCUCUGUUGAAUAUCGUCUUGCACCUGAACAUCAUUUUCCUGCCGGACUUGAUGAUUGUAUGAAAGUAACCAAAUACUUUCUCAAUACAAACAAUGCAAAAAAGUUUCAUAUCGAUGCUCAACGUAUUGCCAUAUCAGGCGAUUCAGCUGGUUUGUAUUCUCAGACACAAUCAUUUGUUCUUCAUUGUUUGUUAUUUACAGGUGGAAAUCUCGCUGCUGUUAUCGCUAUGCGAUUUGCAAGUGAAUCAAUUAGUGAAAUCCGUCCUCGUCUUCAAGUCUUGAUCUAUCCUGUCGUUCAGUUCUUUGACCUCAUGGUUCCAUCGUAUUUAACACCAGCUUUACAUAUCUUUCAUUUUGGACGAGGUGGACAAGUUCUCGAGUUGUACACCGGUAAAAGUAUUAGCGAUGAUAUUCUCGCUAAUAAUCAUACAAGUCUUGAACAACGAAAAACCUAUCGUAAAUAUGUUGAUUGGUCAUUCAUUCCGAAGAAAUAUCGACAAGUUUACAAAGAACCGAUUUCGGAUGAAAUGGAAGGCAAUGCUGAGUUGAUUAAAAAUGCGAAAUUGGUUUUACAUCGCGAUAUUUCUCCAUUGUUAGUCGAUGAUUCCGAUUUAGCUAAAUUACCACCAACAUAUGUAUUAACUGUUGAUCAUGAUCGAUUGAGAGACGAAGGAUUUAUUUAUGCAGGUCGAUUGAAAGCAAAUGGAGUGAAAGUCGUUCACCAUCACUUCGAUAAUACAUUUCACGGUUCUUUAACUUUCUUAGAUGGUCUAUUCGAAUUGAAUAUCGCUCAUACAAUGCUUAAUGAUAUUGCGAAAUAUUUAAAGGAAAAUCUUUAA